AGCGGCCUACACACUUAGGGUCUACACAAUGCAGGUGUGAGUUGUCUACGGUCUUGUACAAUGGCAUCCUAUGGGUUACCAGGGAGUCCCAUUGUACCCCUGGCGCCAAAUACAAACCUAUUCCCUUCGGACGGUGCGAGCAAGUACGGGAUCAUCACAACCUGCCCCGGAGGUGUAUGCAGCAAUGCGUACUACGACAAGAUAUUACGCUACACACCACAGGAGAGCUCUAUUGGAUUGAAAUCUUAUCUUAGGUUUGUGCCAAUAGUCAUAAUAGUUCUGGUGGUACUUAUCCUGCUGGCGUGGUUGGCGGGGUACAUGCGGGAGCAUUACCUUGAAUACGAAGGUGCUCUUGAGAAGCGGCUUAUUGACGCUAUGGAUGAGGAGGAAGAGCAAGUCCACGCAUGACUCACAU